CUCUCUACCACGUACACCUUGAACUGUGUACUGUGCGUAGUCAUGGGGAGUUUUGUCUGGGGUGCUGCUCUCGUACUCGCCCUGGUGGCGCUUGGAGUGGUGCAGUCUGCGGCCGGCGCCAACACCUGCGACGACUUGCAUCUACUUGCCGGCUCGACGGUCUUUGUCCUCGCCUCGGGCGGCUCGACGAGUGCCUCCAAGGAUGCGACUCGGACCGAGCCAGUGGAUCUAGUGACGGCAAUGGCAAUCGCUGUCGACUGUGCAACCGCGUCGCAGCCACUGACGCUGGCUUUGCAUGUCGGCACGUACUCGCUGUCAAGCGCACUCGUUCUCGCCUCGCACACUACUCUUGAUGGUGGGUACACGUACGCUGGGGCCGGAAUGUGGAGCAAGAGCAACAGUGCUGCCACAGUGCUGCAUCGAACAGGAGCGAGCUACACAAUCAACGCGCCUGACCAGGGCGCUUACAUUGCGGUCGAAGCGGUGUCCAAGACCGACUGGCGACUGCAGGAUCUGACUGUGGUGACCGACGACGCGCCGGCGACGUCCGGCUUCCGCGGCGUCUCGUCCUACGGCUUGUACAUCCGCAACUCGAUAGAUUAUCAGAUUGUGCGGUGCUCGAUUGUGCCUGGCGCGGCAUCUAGCGGCAAAGCCGGCGACGCUGGACUGGCACAGAUGGCAGCGACGACAAUGGCUGCUUUUCCGGAUACGGCGGCAAUGGCGGCCAAGGAGGCGAAGGUGGCGGGGGCGGAGGUCUAG